AUGGAGACGCAACAUGUCGUGAAUGGUGAACUCGCUCACGGCUUCGAGAACCUCAUCUGUGUGAGGUGUAACGACGGCUUCUCCCUACAGGAUCAAAUCGUGAACUCAUCCGGACAAGUGUGGCAUUCAGAAUGCUUUGUAUGUGCACAAUGUUUCGAACCAUUCCCCGAUGGUAUAUAUUUCGAAUUCGAAGGCAGAAAGUACUGUGAACACGACUUUCAUGUACUGUACGCUCCUUGCUGCGGAAAAUGCAAUGAGUUCAUUAUUGGUCGCGUGAUCAAGGCUAUGAAUGCCAGUUGGCAUCCAGAUUGUUUCCGUUGUGAACUCUGCUCGAAAGCACUAGCCGAUAUCGGUUUUCUAAGAAAUGCUGGAAGGUUAGUGGAGUUUUUGUGGGAAUAUAUGCUUCAAAACUUUUCCCAUCUAAUGCGUAGCUAUGUGAUCAUUUUGCUGCAGGCCAUCUUAACAGGGCCAAAACAGGGCUGA